UGUUUUUAUACCUUUACGCAUAAAUCAGGUCCGUGUGAGAAAGAAUAUCCCUCCAAUUAUUUGACUCUCUUUCUUGUGAACCGCCAUGGCCACCACAAGACAUGAUCUUGGUUCAAUUCUGUGCUCCUCCAACAGAAACUUCCUUUGUCGUAACAACGGUCACCAGGUCAGUGUUGAUACUUUGAAAGGGAAGAUAGUCGCGUUGUACUUUUCAGCGUCUUGGUGUGGCCUAUGUUGUCGUUUUACCCCAAUUCUUAUUGAGGUAUACAAUGAGCUUACUUCCCAGGGAAAAGAUUUUGAGGUUGUUUUUAUUACAGCCGACGAUGAUGAUGAGUCUUUUGAUAAUUACUUCUCCAAGAUGCCCUGGCUUGCCAUACCAUUUUCUGACUCAGAAACUCGUGAUAAAUUGGAUGAUAUGUUCAAAGUCGAUGGUCUUCCCCAUUUUGUUAUUCUAGAUGAAACUGGCAAGGUUCUCACUGAUGAUGGUGUUGCGAUCAUUCAGGAUUAUGAAGCUCAGGGGUAUCCAUUUACCCCAGAAAGAAUCCAGAUACUGAAAAAGCAAGAGGAAACAACGAGAACCUUAAAGUCUAUACUGGCGUCCGAUUCUCGUAAUUUUGUGCUCUCGGCUAAUGGUAAAAAGGUAUAUAUUGAGGUGCUUGUUUCUGAGCUUGAAGGCAGGACUAUUGGUCUAUAUUUCUCACUGUCGACGUACAGAUCAUGCAUGCAAUUCAAUCCUGUACUGAUAGACUUUUAUGAAGAGUUAAAGGCAAAGGGGGAGAAUUUCGAGAUUGUUUUGAUUCCCCUUGAUGAAGAUGAAGAGCUUUUUAAACAGGGAUUUGCCAGCAUGCCCUGGUAUUCUUUGCCUGUUAAGGACAAGAGCUGUGUCAAACUGGCUCGUUAUUUCGAUCUAUCAACGCUUCCCACUUUGGUUAUAGUAGGACCAGAUGGGAGAACCCUUCAUUAUAAUGGGCGAGAGGCGAUAGAAGAUCAUGGAGUUGAGGCAUACCCUUUCACACCAGAGAGGUUUAAGGAGCUUGCUCAAAUAGAAAAAGCAAGGCAAGAGGCUCAGACCCUUGAGUCAAUUCUCGUUUCAGGAAAGCUGGAUUUUGUUAUUGAUAAGAGUGGCACAAAGGUCCCUAUUUCUCAUCUUGUAGGGAAGAACAUCCUCUUGUAUUUUUCAGCGCAUUGGUGCCCUCCAUGUCGUGCCUUUCUUUCAAAACUCAUUGAAGCUUACCAGCAGAUAAAAGCAAAGGAUGAUGCCUUUGAAGUGAUCUUCAUCUCUGGUGAUAAAGACCAGAUUUCCUUCGAUGAAUUUUUUUCUGCAAUGCCCUGGUUAGCUAUUCCAUACGAUGACCAGCGAACGGCAUAUCUGAGUCGUUUAUUCAAGGUCUUUGGGAUCCCAAAACUGGUUGCAAUUGGACCUAGCGGGAAGACAAUCUCAACAGAAGCCAGGAAACUUAUUAUGGUUCAUGGGGCGAAAUCUUAUCCUUUUACCAGUGAACGGCUGAAGGUAGUAGAAUCUGAACUUGAGGAGAUGACUAAAGGAUGGCCUGAGAAGGUGAACCAUGCUCUUCAUGAAGAUCAUGAACUUCUGCUCACACGGCGCAAUGUUUAUAGGUGUGAUGGUUGUGACGGAGAUGGACAAUUAUGGUCCUUCAAUUGUGAAGAGUGUGAUUUUGAUCUCCACCCAAAAUGUGCUCUGGCAGAAGCAGAUGGAACCGGUAAUAAUUUGAAGGAUCAUGAAACUUCGAAUGCUGGGUGGAUUUGCAAUGAUCACGAGUGUGAUAGAGCACCAUGAUGUAUAUAAUCAUACCAUUGUAAUUGUACUGUGUAGAUUGAGGAAUUUUUUUGGUAUACUCAGAGGAGCUGUUUUAGUGAAGCCUCCUUGCCAUAUACAUCACCUUGUAAGUUUCUUUUAUUUUUUUUCCUCAUUUUUGAUAGGUUUCAUGUUCUCUCUCAUUUCUCCUCCCAAUGUCCCUAGUGUUGAAAUUAGCAAAUGACAUUUUGCUUGUAUUUCAUUCUUCUGCUGUAACAAUCAAUUAACACAGCUUAAUGAAACACUCAUCGUUUGCCGUUGUA